AUGUCUGAAGGAGAUGAUCUGGUUGGUGACAUCCAGAGGUUCAAUCAGAUAUAUUUUGAUUUGUUAAAUAUGAAUGUGAAGAUCAAGGAAGAUGUUCGGGUGUUGUUGUUGCUGUGCUCACUCCCAUCAGUGUAUGAUGGUCUGAUCACAACCUUGGUAUACGGCAAGGAGUCUUUGGAGUAUGAGGAGGUUGUGGGUGCCCUGAGGUCGAACAUACACUGGGAGAAGAUCUGCAAGGAAGACUCUACUUCGGAGGCGUUCGCUAUUCAUGAGAAGCAAGGAAGGUCUGGGAAGAGAGAGAAAGCCUGGGACAGAUCAAAGAAGAUGCCGAUGGAGCCUCAUCGGUGGGUGGAGUAUGUGCCAGAGACGUGGAUGCCGGUGGAGGCUCAGAUGUCGGUGGUGCCUGCGAAGUCGAAGCCGAUGCGGUGGUGGAUGGAGUAUGCUCUGAUAGCGGCUUAG